AUGACAUCCAAGGUGCGAGAAAUUCUUCUUCUAUCAACGUACAUUACCUUAGCUCUGUUGUUGCGUUAUGCAUAUUCCCGCGAGGUCUUCACCAAUUGCGGCGGAGAAUUUGACAAGCCUCAGGGAAUUCUCCAAACCACAAACUUCCCGGGCCCUUUUCCCACGCCGAUUUCGUGCGAAUGGCUUAUACGCGCACCACCAAACAAGAAAAUCAUCCUGUAUUUCACGGAGUUCUACAUGAAGGAUUCGGUAUUCGUCUCAAGCUACGACGCCUACAUGAGUCCAACGUUGCAUCUGAAUCGCGACGACAUCGGCGAAAUCCUGUGGAACUACGAUCUCUCAAUCCCUCUGGAAACGCGUAAACACUGCCUCCUCCUGCGUCUAGAAGUAGACUUCAUCGGAAACCGCCACAUCCGAGUCAUCGAACAUCUCCUCGAUGUGUUUGGCUUCAACAUCACGUACGAGAUAGUGGACCCUCUGGUGACAGCGCAACUGGGUUGUUCCCUGAAGCACUGUUCCUAUCUCGGCAAGUGCAUCGCCUCCGCGGACUAUACUUCCUUUUCUUGCCAGUGCUAUGACAAGUUCUUCGGGGACCAGUGCCAGUAUGGCCCCCACUGUGACCCGGACCACGGGACAAACCUGUGUCUUAACGGCGGACGAUGCAGCUACUUCUUCGGUUCACUCAUCAACCAGUGUGAGUGCAGUCCGGGCUUUGAGGGCGACUAUUGCGAGAUUCCCACAGGACAGGUGGCCAAUAUGACUGCUGUGACGCUUCUAGCCCCGAAACAAUUGUAUAUCAGUGAGUUCGUCAAUACGGACAACUCGGAUAAACACAUGACACUUCGGGGGAAGAUGCUCACCUUGGUUUGUGCGGCCAAAGGGUCCAAUGGUAUCAGGUUCGAGUGGUACAAGGACGAUGCGCGCUUGGACACUAGCUUGACAUUGCGUAAUGCCUGGGAAACUGUAAUACAGGACCAGGUGCAUAACAUGCAUCUGGCAAAUCUUAACCUGGAUGUAGUGUUCCCUAUUGAUCAGGGCGUAUUUACGUGCAAAGCAAUAGAUUUUGAUGAAGUUCAAACGAAGACGUUAAAGGUCACAGUUAACAAUAACCCUCAGGUCCAGCUGGAUCCUAUGUCCAUUAGUGUGCAGCAUGGGGAAGCGGUGACCAUAAAUUGCAUGUCUCCCGACGACAGUUGGCUGCUGUUUAAGUACGAAUGGUACAAGAACGGAAUAAAGAUUGACACGAAUGCGAGAUUGGAGUACACGGAAGACAUGUAUCCAACGGGUCUUCUGUUGGCCGUCACCAAAGCUACGGAAACUGCAGAGUACACAUGCAAGGUCACCAACGAAGCUGGAGCAGCGAGCGCCACGGCGUAUUUGUUUGUCGUUCCAAGUAACGCCAAGCGCGAUUGCAAAUGUGAUUCUGUAACGCGCAUCUGCAAAUGGGAGAAACCAAACUUCUCCAAGUGUCAGUCCCUUAUGUUGAUUUACCUGCAUGAUGAGGUCCUGUUGCUUAAGAACGGCUAUCAGAAAAACAACAUUUCGAAAAUAUUUGACGAUCUGCACAACUUUGCCCUCACGAAGAGGAACGUCACUUUCUACUCGGGCGACAUCGAUAUGGUCGCCGGAAUCCUGGAGGAGGUCAUCAGCCACAUGCUCUUCUUUCCUCAGCUUAGUACAGGAGACAAUAAAAUAGAGGCACUGGUAUGA